AUACACCAAGCAAUGGUAACAUCUUUAAAUGAAGAUAAUGAAAGUGUAACUGUUGAAUGGAUCGAAAAUGGAGAUACAAAAGGCAAAGAGAUUGACCUGGAGAGCAUCUUUUCACUUAACCCCGACCUUGUACCUGAUGAAGAAAUUGAACCCAGUCCAGAAACACCUCCACCUCCAACAUCCUCGGCCAAAGUAAACAAAAUUGUAAAGAAUCGACGGACUGUGGCUUCUGUUAAGAAUGAGCCUCCUCCAAGAGAUAAUAGAGCACGCAGAAAAUCUAAUUGUGUGAAGGAAGUAGAAAAAUUGCAAGAAAAACGAGAAAAGAGAAGACUGCAACAGCAGGAACUUAGAGAAAAAAGAGCCCAGGAUGUUGAUGCUACAAACCCAAAUUAUGAAAUUAUGUGUAUGAUCAGAGACUUUAGAGGAAGUUUGGAUUAUAGACCAUUAACAACAGCAGAUCCUAUUGAUGAACAUAGAAUAUGUGUUUGUGUAAGAAAACGACCACUGAAUAAAAAAGAAACUCAAAUGAAAGAUCUUGAUGUAAUCACAAUCCCUAGUAAAGAUGUUGUGAUGGUACACGAACCAAAACAAAAAGUAGAUUUAACAAGGUACCUAGAAAACCAAACAUUUCGUUUUGAUUAUGCCUUUGAUGACUCAGCUCCUAAUGAAAUGGUUUACAGUUAUACAGGGAACUUCCUGAGACUUCUGGCAGCAAGAUGGCAGUCUGAAGGCAGCGGCAGCGGUAGAAACUCAAGACUCGGGGGCCCCAAGGACUGGAAGAAAUCACAGUGCCUACUUGGAAAGAAGAAAAGCGGCAGUGGCAUCAGCAGAGGAACUGCUGGCAGCAGAGCCAGUAGCAGCAGCAGCAGCGGAGGAACCGGUGGCAGCGGAGCCAGCGGCAGCGGCAGCAGUGGAGGAACUGGCGGCAGCAGCAGCAGCGGAGGAACCGGCAUCAGUGGCAGCAGUGGAGGAGCCGGCGGCAGUGGUGCCCUCAAUGUCAGCAGCAGAAGUGGUGCCAGCAGUAACGGCAACUGCAGCAGCAGCGGUGGAACCGGUGGCAGCGGCAGCAGUGGAGGACCCGGCAUCGUAAGCGGCACCGGUGCCAGUGGGGGAAGCGGCACCAGCGAUAGCAGCGGGAGCAGGGGAAGCGGCGGCAGCGGAGCCGACGGCAGUGGUGCCGGCAGCAGCGGUGUGAACGGUGGCAGCGGCAGCAGCUGGGGAACCGGCAGUG